CGACGACAUGACCUUUCCCCUCUUCGAAAAGAACGACCUGGAAGCAUAGUUGCAACAUCAAAGCCUCUGGGAAUCCUAACUACAAAGUCUGCAGGACCGGUGACGCGCUCUGAAUUGUCCUUUAACGUCUUGAGCUGCCCCUCCGGCGGCAACUGAAAGCAAAGAUGUACAUCAAACAGAUCAUCAUCCAGGGCUUCAAGAGUUACAAGGAGCAAACUGUCAUCGAACCCUUCUCGCCAAAGACAAACGUGAUUGUUGGUCGCAAUGGUUCAGGAAAGAGUAACUUCUUCGCGGCGAUUCGAUUCGUACUCAGCGAUGCCUAUUCUCAGAUGGGUCGCGAAGAGCGACAGGCUCUCUUGCACGAAGGUUCUGGGUCUGCCGUUAUGUCUGCCUAUGUUGAGAUCAUCUUUGACAACAGCGACGACCGAUUCCCAACAGGAAAGGAGGAACUUAUUCUGCGCCGAACAAUUGGUCUGAAGAAGGAUGAAUACUCUCUCGAUCGCAAGAAUGCGACGAAGACGGAUGUUAUGAAUCUGUUGGAGUCUGCUGGUUUUUCACGAUCCAAUCCAUAUUACAUUGUCCCUCAGGGACGUGUUACAGCAUUGACUAACAUGAAGGACGCCGAGAGACUGAAUCUGCUGAAAGAGGUUGCUGGAACCCAAGUGUAUGAAGCUCGUCGAACGGAAUCCUUGAAGAUCAUGACUGAGACGAAUAACAAGCGCUCCAAGAUUGACGAAUUGCUCGAUUACAUCAAGGAGCGACUUUCCGAAUUGGAGGAGGAAAUGCAGGAACUGCGAGCAUAUCAGGAGAAGGACAGGGACCGCCGAUGUCUUGAGUAUGCAUUCUAUCACCGAGAGCAGAAUGCCUUGGCUGCGGCUCUAGAUGAGAUCGAGGACGCGCGACUGAAUGGAAUCGAAGGCACCGAUGACAGCCGGGAGGCAUUCCUGGAGGGCGAGAAAGCAAUCGAGGAACUAAAUGUCGAGAUUAAGCAACUUACUCGUCAAAUGGACCUUCUCAAAUUAGAGAGACGUCAGCUGGAAGAGGACAGACGAGAGACCUCAAAAGCUCAGGCGAAGGUUGAGUUAGCCGUGAAGACUCUGACGGACGGUCUUUCCGCUUCAGAGCAGGCACGAACCCGGCACCAGCAGGAGCUCAAGUCUGUGAAGCAAGAUAUUGUGUCGAAGGAAGUCGAGCUCGCAAAAAUCCUCCCCGAAUACACGAAGAGAAAAGCAAAAGAAGGCCAAGUCAAGCAAAAUCUCGAUGUUGCGGAAGCUAGCCGAACAAGACUUUACAACAAGCAAGGUCGCAGCUCACAAUUCAAGAAUAAAGCAGAACGCGACGCUUGGUUGAAGGGCGAGAUUGCAGAACUCAAUACUGCACUUGGAGAGCAGAAAGCAAAUCGUAUCAAUGCAGAUGAAGAGGUAAAGUCUGUACAAUCCGAAAUCCGAAAUCUGGAAGGCGAAAUUACAGGGUUACGAGAACGAAUGGAGGGCUGGGGAGGAAACCGACAGGCACUGCAAGAUGAAGUGACAUCCGCAAAAGACAGCCUCGAAAAGCUGAAUGACGAGCGGAAGUUACUUCGCAGAGAGGACGAUAAGCUUGAAUCGGUUAUUGAAGACGCCCGCCAAGAGCGAGACAAGGCUGAGAGAGAGCUAUCUCAUACCAUGGACGGUGCUACUUCCCGUGGUCUCGCAACGGUCAGACGUCUCAAGCAACGAAACAACAUCUCCGGCGCUUAUGGAACUCUUGCGGAGCUUCUUGAGGUCGAUGAAAAUUACCGAAUGGCAGCCGAGCAAACCGCUGGCAACAGUCUUUUCCAUUAUGUUGUUGAUAACGCCGAUACUGCCACCCUCCUGGCUGACGCACUUUACAAGGAGAAAGGUGGACGAGUUACCUUCAUGCCCCUUGCUCAACUCAGACCAACAUCAGCCAAGCUGCCAAAUGCAUCGGACGCUGUACCAAUCAUACAAAAGCUUACAUACAACAAGAAAUAUGAUAAAGCGAUGAAACAGGUUUUUGGAAAGACGAUUGUCUGCCCUUCAUUGCCUGUCGCUGCUCAGUACGCCCGAAGUCACGGUUGUAGUGCUAUCACCCCAGAAGGUGACACUGCCAACAAGAAGGGUGCGAUGACUGGAGGCUACAUUGACCCUCGCAAAUCAAGACUUGAGGCUGUUCGUGUUGUAAACAAAUGGCGUGAUGAGUACGACUCGUUGAAGGAACGCUCCACAGAAGUCAAGAAGGAGGUCGAGCAAAAGGAACAGGAGAUCACCGCUGCCAUGGGCGAGUUGCACAAGUUGGAGCAAAAGCUUAAUCGUCUAGACGACAGCUUCGAUCCGUUCACGAGAGAAUUGCGGGGGAAGAGUUCGCAUCUCGAAAAGCAAAGAGGCCAGCUUGAAGCCAAUAUUAAGCGACGGGAAGUGGUCGAGAAGCUGAUCAAGGAUUACGGUGACAAUCUCACCAGCUUCGAAGCAGAACUAGCCACGGACUUCAAGAAAUCAUUGACUGCAAAUGAAGAACGCCAACUGGAGCAACUCAAUACCACCGUUCAGGACCUACAAAAGCAGUGGAAUGAUAUCAGCAAGAGCCGACGAGAGCUUGAGGGCCGGAAGCAAUUACUUGAAGUGGACCUGCGGGAGAACCUCCGAAUGAAGCUUGAUCAACUGAACAGCCAAGAGAUCGACACAACUGCUGGCAGUGGCUCCGGUAACCUGAAGGAGUCCCAGCGUGAGCUCAAGCGCGUCCAAAAAGCUGCUGUUGCAGUUGAGGGCAAGUUGGAGGAGAACGAGACGCAAGUUGAUGAAGCUGAGCAGCAUAUCGCUGGACUACAGAAGCAAGUGUCCCUCAAGGCGGAGCAACAACAAGAACUCGCGAGAGCUAUUGAAAAGCACCAGAAGAAGAUGGAGAAGAGUGUCGCAAAGAAGGCAUUGCUGACUACGUCUGCUGCUGAGUGCGCGAAGAAUAUUCGUGAUUUGGGUGUUCUUCCGGAUGAAGCAUUCGAGAAAUACGCUAACAUCGAUUCCAAGACUAUUUCUGCGAAGCUGAAGAAGGUCAAUGACUCUCUCAAGAAAUACAAGCAUGUCAACAAGAAGGCGUUUGAACAAUACAACAACUUCACCACUCAACGAGACAGCUUGCUGAAGCGACGAAAGGAACUCGAUGACUCUCAGACUUCGAUUCAAGACCUUGUCGAGGUCCUAGAUCAACGUAAGGAUGAGGCAAUCGAGCGAACUUUUAAGCAAGUAUCCAAGGAGUUCGCUUCGAUUUUCGAGCGUUUGGUCCCAGCUGGCCGUGGCCGAUUGGUCAUUCAACGCAAGACCGAUCAGCGUGCUCGAGAGGAGGAAGACUCUGAUGAUGAACUUCGUGAGAGUGUAGAGAACUACACCGGUGUUGGCAUCAGCGUGUCCUUCAACAGCAAGCACGAUGAGCAACAACGAAUCCAGCAAUUAAGUGGUGGACAGAAGAGUUUGUGUGCCCUCGCCCUCGUCUUCGCCAUCCAACAAUGCGAUCCCGCCCCCUUCUACCUCUUCGACGAAAUAGACGCAAACCUCGACGCCCAAUACCGCACAGCCGUUGCACAAAUGCUCGAGGAGAUCUCCGCUCAGCAGAGCAGCGAGAACGCCGAGAACGGCGCCGGCGCCAUGAGCGGACAGUUCAUCUGCACGACUUUCAGACCAGAGAUGUUACUUGUGGCUGAUAAGUGCUAUGGUGUUACGUUCCACAACAAGACGUCGGGUAUUGAUGCUGUGAGUAGGGAGGAGGCGCUACGAUUCGUGGAUGGCGAGGCGCCGAAGUAAAUGGCUUGUAGAUUAGUUUGUAUGUGUCAUCUGAGGCAAGAAGGAACGAGAUAUUGAUUUGGUUGGCGUUUUGGGCAAUUGACUUUGCUUUGGCUGGAUAGCUAGCUAACGCUACAGAUAAUGAAUAUUGACGAUUCCUCG